AUGAAAUCUUUAUAUAUAUUCGAUUUCGAUGGAACCAUAUUUAAAUCACCAGAGCCAAAUCCAGCUUUAUGGACCUCACAAGUUAUUGGGAAAAUAAAGUCAAUGCCUUCAGAAAAUAAUGGUUUUGGUUGGUUUCAAGAUACUAUUACUUUGGAUGAACCUUAUGUACCAGCUAGCCCAUCUGAAGAUUGGUUUAAUAUGAAUGUCUUAAACGAUGCUUUAAACUCUUAUAAGGACCAAAACAAUGUUGUUUGUUUAUUAACAGGUAGAACAACCUUAUAUUCAAAUAUUAUUGAUAGAAUUUUAAAAUCUGCCAAUUUAAAUUUUCAUCACAAAGGUUUAAAACCAAUAAAUAUUCCAAAUGUACAAAGAGAAUCUACAUUUGAUUUCAAAAAGAGAUUUAUUUUAAAUUUAAUCAAUUCAGUAUAUAGUAAUCAAAUCAAAGAAGUUAUUGUUUAUGAAGAUAGAAUUGGUCAUGUCGAAUUAUUUGAAAACUUCCUUUCCACCCUCAAAUCAAUUACUUAUAAAGUUAUUCAUAUCAACGAGUCACCAAAAUAUCUCUUAGAAAGUGAUGAAUUGAAACUUGUAGAGUAUUUAGUAAAGAAGAAUACUCAAGAUUUAAGUAAUGUUACUUUAAAAAAGCAUGUUGAUUACACUGGCUUAGUUUUAAACAAAGAGUCAGUUUCAAAACUUGUGUCUCUUUUCGAUUUACCAAGUGAUUGGACAAUUAAAGCCCAUCAUGUUACUUUAAAUUUAGGUUCAUAUAAUCCAAAAUCAUGGAGAAAUAUGGAAGAAGACAAUGAAUUAUUAGCCGUCCUUACUAAAAUUAAUUUAAAUACUACAACUACAAUAGAAACAGCUGAAAGUCAAACAACUUUAAAUGAUGUUUCAUCCUCAACUCACUCAGUUUCUGUAACUUCCACUACCACUACCACUUCCACUACUUUUGAAAGUAAUGACUAUUCAAUAACCCAUCCAAUAGGAUCAACCUGGGAAUUUAAUAUUGAAGCUAUUGGUUUUAGCGAAAAUGCUCUAGCAGUUAAAGUCCAAGGAAUUCCUUCAUCAAAUGUUAUUCCACAUUGCACUAUUGCAAUCCAUCCAUUUGCAAAAGCAGCUGACUCAAACUCUAUUAGAAAUUGGUAUCCAAUCAGUCAUUUCAAACCAGGUGAAAAAACCAAAUUAAAAUCUCAUAAUGAAACCGACUUAAAACAAUAUUAUCAAAACCUUGUCAAUAAACAGGAUAAUUCAGCUAAUACCUCACCAUCUAAAGGAAAACCAAAAACCUCAAAUAAACCAAACUCACCUUCAGAAUGCAGCGUUUUAAUACCAGUUGACUUUAAAGACUCACUCACACUUUCUGGUACAAUCACUGAAGUUGGUAAAUUAUUUUAUGAUAUUCCAAAACCAGUAAAGCAAGCCAAAGUUGACCCAUAUUCCCUUAUUCGUGCCGCUAACCCAGAGUUAUCUAAAGAUGAAAUCAUUAGAAUUAUUCCAAAGGUAAAAGCUUGGUUGUCUAAUAAUCCUAAAGAAACCAAUACCAAAGAUAUUAUAAAUCAUUUAAAAAACAAUAUUAAUGAUUUAAAAUAA